AUGGAACCGGUAUUAAUGGCAAUGCAAACAUUAUGUGAACGUUCAUGGGAGCUCCGACCAUUAUGUGAGACGCUUUUAGGACGUCUUGUGGCAAUUUGUGGCUAUACCGAUCACUUUCGUGCGCAACAAUCAACAUCAAUGGACGUCACGUCUUUGAAAACGGAAUUCCAGUGGCCUGUACAAGUUGAUGCAGCGUUAUCACGCUUUACUCUUUUGUUAGAGAGUGUUGCAGCUACUGAAAGUGCUGUCUUUCGUCUGGCUGUCGCUCCUUCUCCUGUUCGUGAACUUCGUUCCUUGCACGUGUGGUUGGACGCAUCUUUUCGUGAAUUACAUGCAGAACACGUGGAUCCGAGUGUCUGCUGGGCACAAGAGUGGGAAGAAGAGCUUGAGCGGGUCGAACAUGCAAUGCAAUUGGCCGCUCGAGUACAAGUGGAUGCAGCAGCAGAAUGCAUUGACAAUGAACAGAGAGAAAUGGCAGCGGUCGUGAAAUUUGCUUUUAAGCAGGUACAGGACGUAACAAGACGCACGAACAAGAAGAAAAGACAAAGUCAAACAAGCUAUGGCAGCAAUGAAGAUGCAGUUAAUGAACCUACAGAUGAUGGAGCAGAGCUUUUUCCAGAUCAUGAAGAGUCCUUACGAGUUUUGUUUCGGAGGUUGGUACGCGUCUGUGGUGUUCAGGUUCCCAUGCUACCGUCGUGGUUCCUUUCGCCUGCUGAAGUAGCUUUACAUCCAAGCACUCGAUUCCGUGGGGGACCACAAUGUCAAAUUACAAGCGCUAGUUGGAUGCGCAGUCGUGGUCAGAAGAAAAGCGGGGUGCAACAACUUCUUAUCAAGCAGUUUGUGGUUGGAAAUGGAGCUGAUGUUAAGUCGGAGGCGUUUCUCUUGCAAGCAGUCGAAGCGGUGCGACGCGAGACUGAAUUACUACGCGAUGUGGUCUGCCAUCCACAUGUGCUCCAAUUAGCAGGAGCAUCAACUUUUGGCUCACAGCCAUUCGUGGCAUUUGUGAGUCCAUGGGCAGCCCCUGAGUCUGGAUCAGCAACGGUGACAUCGCUUGAAGACUACCUGAACUUGUCCGUUGACCACCGGCGUCAACUAUUCCGCCUGCUUGCUCAAGCUGCUAUGGGACUCCAGAGUCUACAUGAGGCGUCGUUGAUUCACGGUGGUCUCUGUUGUGCAAACAUUUUAGUUGGAGAUGACGGCCAAGCUAGACUAUCAAAUCUUUGCUCGUUCUCCCUAUCGCGUAGCGCGUCGGAAUCUGAACUGAAAGCACCCUCAGCUCCCUAUCAAGGAUCACUCAGAUGGCAAGCACCGGAGUUGCUAGGGGACGAGCCAAAGGCUGACUUGGCCUCGGAUAUCUAUGCGUUUGGAAUGACACUACUGGAAGCACUUUCAGAAGAGCUGCCAUGGGGGUUCAUGGCUGAUGAGGAAGUUCGUGAGCAAGUAUUGGCUGGUAAGAUGCCUUCUCCUCCUGUCGGGGUAGAAGAGAAUGUGUGGUCGCUAGUUGAGGCCAUGUGCGAUCAUGAUCUGGCCGCGAGACCUGAGAUCAAUACAGUUGUGGAGGAGCUACAGGCUCUAGCAGAAGAAGAGCGCGAGCGCGAUGGUGAUGAUAAAAACUUUGAAGAUGCUUCCUCAAUGCCUGCGUUACCAUUACAUCGAGCAUCCAAUGCAGAUUACUUGCGCGUGGCCUCUCCUUUUAUCACUUCAACAAAAAACAACACCUCGAAUGCGCCGGAGCUUGGCAGGAGGCUGAGCAGCCCAAAAGUCAACUCAAUAAUGAAGCCUGUGGUCGAGCUUCCAGGGUCGCCGCAGCAAAUCGAACCUGGAUCACCAGCCACAGCCAUAGCAGUCGUGGAACUUCGUCAAAAAUGGCUGGGAGUAAAGAUCAACUCGGUUGGAAACCGCGUGGUAGUAAGCAAGUUUCUGCGAAACGAAUCCGGUGCAGCUGGGGAGAUUGAGGCCUCUGGUCGUGUAGAGCGUGGCGAUAUUAUCGUUGCGGUUAACGGCCAGAGCGUCCAUGGCCUGGAUCGCCUUCAGAUCGGUGCUAUCGUUCAGAGUUCGCCUCGGCCUCUCGAAGUAUCGUUUAAGCGUGACCCAAAGUUGCUUACCGACUCGUUCUGUUUCCGCGGGCUAUCGGUGGAUCCACGCUGGCGUGAUCGGGGUUCAGCGUUGCCGUUGCCAGAAUCAUUGAGUCACAUGCUUACUAGUAUCGGUGAGGUCGAGAAUGAAGUUGGCAACGCUGCCGACCCGUUCUCGAUCGAAAUAUGGUUUUCGCUUGCUGAGCUUGCUGACACGCUCCUAGGUGGCGUUUUGCUGGGAGCUCAAGAUGUACCAUUUCAGAAAACCAGCGAUGCUAGUGAUUGGCCUUACAUCCAUCAUCAAUUGCUUUCUGUCGACCCGGUGGGCAAUCUCUGGUGCUCGUUCCUCGACCGCUCAACUCCAAUUUGCGUAGCUCGAGAACUUUCGCCGAAUCAUUGGUAUCAUCUUGUAGUGACGUAUGGCGGUGAUGCUGGAUUAGACUCGGCUACGAGUGCAAGAACUGACCAACCCGAUCAGCUGCUGACAGUGUACUUGAAUGGCGAGCAGCGCAUAUCGGACUCUGGUGCUUUGCUCGUAGAUUGGGCAAAAUUGCACCACGUGAAUGUUGGUUCAGGCUGCAUCAGCGGCUUGGCACCAGCCAAACCAGAGCCGUAUUUCUCGGGUUGGUUUGGCUUUAGUGGUCUAGUCUUUGACUUGCGAAUGUGGAAACGCAAAGAGCUCAACAGUUCUCAGGUUCAACUGCUUUUUCGAGGCAGUCGUGACUUUAUUGACGAUCCAAACUAUUCACUUCGCCAUGAUCUGCUGGACGAAGUUGUUGACGAGAAGAUUGGAUCGAGUGAAAGAAAGUGUUACCAUUUGAUUCGAGUCGCCAAGUUCCAAGGUCCAUCAUUUGCUAAACUUGUGCGUACGACGUGGCCUCAUCAAGUCAGUGCCCAAGUUUACAGCUGA